CGGUAUAUACUACAAUGUGCCCAGACCAUUGCCUCACUAGGCUUCAGCUGAUCAGCUAGCUGAGAGCAUAUACACUUUUCCAUUGUUCAUCCUCUCUUUAGUUCUUUGUUCCUUUCCUUCCUUCUCUCUGAUAUUAUUUAAGUUUUCUCCAAUGGAGUUGGAAAGCAUACUCCAGUUCAUUCAGAACAAGAACAUUUUGGUCACUGGUGCCACUGGCUUUCUAGCAAAGAUUUUUGUGGAGAAGAUACUGAGGGUUCAACCAAAUGUGAAGAAGCUCUAUCUUCUAUUAAGAGCUGCAGAUACAAAAUCAGCCACACAGCGUUUGCAUAAUGAGAUAAUUGGGAAGGACCUUUUUAGAGUGUUGAGGGAAAAAUGGGGAGCAGGUAUGAACUCCAUUGUCUCAGAAAAGCUGACACUGGUGCCUGGAGACAUUUCUUUUGAAGACUUGGGCUUGAAAGAUUCAAACUUGAGGGAAGAGAUGUUGAGCCAGAUAGAUGUCAUUGUGAACUUAGCUGCAAGUACCAACUUUGAUGAAAGAUAUGAUGUUGCACUUGGUAUCAACACUUUGGGAGCAAAGCAUGUUUUGAACUUUGCUAAGCAAUGUGUUAAAUUAAAGGUGCUGGUCCACGUAUCCACAGCUUAUGUUUGUGGCGAGAAGGACGGGCUUUUAUUGGAAAACCCCUACCACAUGGGUGAGACGCUUAAUGGGACCUCAGGACUUGACAUCGACAAUGAAAUCAGGCAGGUCCAGGAAAAACACAGAGAGCUUCGAGCAGAGGGAUUAACAGAAGAAGCAAUCACUUCGGCCCUCAAAGAUUUUGGCCUCAAAAGGUUGGUGAAAAUUGUUACUUCUGUCUGUUAAAAUUAGUUUAGCUGUUAUUAGAUUAGAGGGUUAAAUAUGGAUAA